CCGGCCUGUCGCCUUGGGAAUGGUCCGGGCAAGACCGUCCCGUGUUCAGGCCCGCCUCAUCUCCGCUGCCCGGUGCUUGUGAGCUUGACCCCCCUGCCGCGGAGUUCACCCCAUGGUUACACCGGUAAGCUAUGGCUGUCUCGUCUUCCUGCAGCUCCAAGUUCCACCCGGCCUCGAAGUGGAUAUAAGGGCUCCUCUGUGCAGUGCCUUUGGGUGGAAAUAACCCUCUCCCUACCGUUCAGAUGUUCGCCUGCAGUGGAAGAUGCCUUUCCUAUACAUCUUUAAGGCAGGAAAUUGUUAUGCAACUGUCAUAUCAUCAGAUUUCCUCUGAUUUGCCCUGAAGUAUGUGUGAAAAUGAUGUGCAUUGCUAAGAAAUGUGGCAUUAGAUUCCAGCCUCCAGCCGUCAUCUUAAUUUAUGAGAAUGAAAUCAAGGGAAAGAGUCGCCAGCGCAUCAUGCCAGUACGAAACUUUUCAAAGGUUUCAGACUGCACUAGAGCUGCUGAACAAUUAAAAAAUAAUCCAAGACACAAGAGUUACCUGAAACAGGUGUCCCUGAAGCAGCUAGAAAAGUUGUUUGUUUUUUUACAAGGUUAUUUGCGGGGACAGAGCUUGGCAGAAACAAUGGAACAAAUUCGACAGGAAACAACCAUUGAUCCUGAGGAAGACCUGAACAAACUAGAUGACAAGGAGCUUGCCAAAAGGAAGAGCAUCAUGGAUGAACUUUUUGAGAAAAAUCAGAUGAAGAAGGAUGAUCCAAAUUUUGUUUAUGACAUUGAGGUUGAGUUCCCACAGAAUGAACAACUGCUGUCCUGUGGCUGGGACACGGAGUCAGCUGAUGAGUUCUGAUACCCAGCUCCAUGUUUCUACCAAGAACAUAAAUUGGUUCUAGAAAAAUAUGUAAGCACUAAAUAAAUGUAUAUAUGUUGGGUCAUAAAACCAAGACAUUUAUAUUUAUUAUGUAGGCCUAUAAGAAAUAUAGAAAAAACAAUACAGGAAUCUGCCUUAAAAGGACAACUCACAGACUUGUUGAAAAGUAGUUCACUGUUUGAAGCAACAAAAGGAUGCUGAGAGCCAGACACUUUAUCAAGGCUGAAGGUCAGAUCCUAGAGUACUGCAGGGUAAAAGGGAAGGAAGUCUCCUUCAGUGGAAAGGUAGGCCUUUGCUUGGCUUACAGAAUGCUAGUGGUUUGUGUAGGAAUCCAGAUGAAGCAAAGCAGAAAGGGCAUGGUAGAGACAAGAAGUGGAAAUUUUAUUUGAGGAAGAGUGAAAAAAUUAUAGUUUGACAAGAUUCAUGUUAUCAUGUGCAUAUUAUGCCUUUCAUGUGUUUAACUGGAAUAGGGGGAUCCUGCAAAGUGCCCUGAAGCUGCAAGAAGAUAUCACCUGAUGGGCAACAGGCGAGUUUUUCCCCCCAGACUCUGAAAUUCAGAACCUCUUCCCAUAAAUGAGAGGCUUGUUUAUAAAAUCAAAAUCCACCCACAAUAUAUGAACAAUAGGUUCUGUCAGUUUAGACCUGUACUGGAAUUUGGGCAUACAAAAAAGAGGACUUUGUCUAACAAGGUCAUCUGUGUGCAGAUACACUUGUUCUUACUAGAAUAUUAUCUGAGUGGUAGAAAUCUUUCGUUUUCUACAAGGAAAUUAUUAUUUAUUAAAUAAAACUGUAAAUUAUUA